AUGGCACCUUCACGCACGCAUUCGUAUGGCCCAUCAUUAGAUGGCGGCUCUGGCAGUGGCAGCAAUAGCAUCAGCAGAUCCUCCACCACUACCACUGUCACCUCAGACACGACCGCGAGCACCGCCUGGAGCGAUAUUUUGAGGCAGAACCCUCAGAUAGUCUCAGACCGCUAUGUCAAAAAGGAAAAGUUGAAGAAGCAUCUCGACGCAACCUAUGGGGAGGGGCAGUGUGCUGUCCAUUACAAAUCUGGAAAUUUCUACAUCAUUGCGCCUGAUGUUCUGUCAGAUGUGAGUAUACAUAAGCCCUUGACAGCGCGUCCUGCGCGAUGUUUAUUUGUUGGUUUCCUGCUUGUGUAA